AUUAUGUGCUUUUACUUAUUUUUCUACAGGUCGGGUAUCCUCCGUAAGAUACAGACCUCUAAAAUUAACUAGUGCUUUAAUGGUGUCAAUAGGCCAGCUUGGGAUGCGGCACUGCACUGUGUAACACAAGCAGAAAUGGCUUAGUAAGGAAAUCUUAAUGGCCAGUUUAUGCAGUUGUGAAUAGAAGAGGAGUGGCAGUCUGAAGAGGAGACCAUAUCUUUCAUUAAGGAAUACGGUAAAUAUGAAGCCACAGCCCAAUCACUUAUCUGCAAGCUCUUUUUCUCCUGUUCUAGGCUGGGAAUGAGGAGAAAGCAAGAUAGGAAAUGUUUUUCCUGAGCACUGUGUUUUCAAAGGAAUUCAGCAUCGCAACAGCAGCUAUGGCAGAAGAAAGUAAAGCUAGAUUGCUAGGAUUAAAGGAGAAGCACACAGUAUCAAAGAAGCCAAAUAUCAAACUGCUGCUGUAAAUCUCCUGUGAACCUGCUCUAACGGAGAGAAUUUAUAACAGAUGCCAGAUAGAAUCAUGGGCUGUGGAACAUCUGUGAAGACCGAGAAUCAGACCAAAAAGUCAGAAAAAGCCAUUAAAGCAGCAAUCCUUAUACAGAGAUGGUAUCGUUUCUACACUGCGCGACUAGAAAUGAGGCGCCGUUAUACCCUGAACAUAUUUCAGUCAAUAGAAUAUGCCGAAGAGCAAGCACAACUUCAGCUUUCCAACUUUUUUACAUUCAUGAUGGACCACUUUGCACAUUGGAAAGGACAAGGCCCAGAUUUAAUUUCUGACAUAUCUAACUCAAAAGAGGGCCACAAGUUUAUAGAUUAUGAAAAGAUUGAAGUUCCUAACUCUUAUGGUGGGCCGCGGAUUACCUUCCCUCUAACUGUGUCGGACACUAACGCUCUUCUUCGUGCUUUCAAGCAAGGGCAGCAACUCCAUGCCCGAUAUGUUCUACAGCUCUUUCAUGAAACAAAGAAGUUUCUUAAACAAUUGCCAAAUAUUGUCCAUCUAUCUACAUCAUAUUCUAAAGAGAUAACAAUUUGUGGGGACCUCCAUGGGAAGCUGGAUGAUUUAUUGCUUAUAUUUUACAAGAAUGGUCUCCCUUCAACAGAAAAUCACUACCUUUUUAAUGGAGACUUGGUAGAUCGAGGGAAGAAUUCCAUAGAAAUACUAGUACUGUUGUUCACAUUCCUCCUCAUGUAUCCAAAUAAUGUACAUAUAAACCGAGGCAAUCAUGAAGAUCCGAUCAUGAACCUGAGAUAUGGCUUCACAAAUGAAGUAAUACAAAAAUAUAAGGGGCAUGCCCGAAAUAUUCUACUUCUUUUGGAAGACAUAUACAGCAGAUUGCCACUUGCUACCAUUGUUGACAGCAAGGUGCUUAUCCUGCAUGGAGGGAUAGGAGACAAAACUGACCUAGAUUUUUUAUCCUCAAUUGACAGAUUUAAGUAUAAAUCAGCUCUGCGAACUCCAAAAACAGACUCUGAAAAGUGUACUUCCAGGGAUAAAAUGCUUGAUGGAAAAAACAAAAAAUCUUCUGUAGAUGUUGGCGCAAACCAAAAUAGGGCAAACAAGCAUAUGACGACAUCCAGCAAUAUAUCCCAAAAUAGAUCUCAACAAGGAUUCCGAAGUCCUGGCAUUCUAGAAAUAAAUUACAUGGACUCCAGAAUUCAGCUUCCUGAUAAGAUGCCUGAGCUGCCAGAUUCCAUACGGAAGGAAUGGAAACAGGUUGUUGACAUACUUUGGAGUGAUCCAAGAAAUCAAAAUGGCUGCACACCAAACAGUUUUCGUGGGGGUGGUUGUUAUUUUGGGCCAAAUGUAACCAAAAAGUUACUUGCUAAAUACAAUUUUAAAAUGCUGAUACGUUCUCAUGAAUGCAAACAAGAAGGGUAUGAGCUAUGUCACAAUGGAAAGGUUGUUACAAUCUUUUCAGCUUCCAAUUACUAUGAUGAAGGUAGCAACAGGGGAGCCUAUCUUAAACUGAGCCCAGAUCUGACCCCACGUUUUGUUCCAUACCAAGUUAGUAAAUGCACAAGGAAGCUAACUCUCCAUCAAAGAGUGAGUGCUGUUGAAGACACUGCGUUGAGGGCACUCCGUGAAAAAAUCUAUGCACACCGUUCAGAGCUUAUAAAUGCUUUUAAAUUAUGUGAUCCGAAAGAAACAGGAAAAAUAUCCAUCAGUGAGUGGGCAUCUGCAGUUGAAGCUGUUCUGCAUCUAGAUCUUCCUUGGAGGACACUGCGUCCUAGGCUCAUAAAGCUCACUUCUGAUGGAAGUGUAGAUUACCUUUCGUCUUUUGAAGACCUUCAGAUUGAGCAGCCUAUAAAAGAAGUGCAACCAAACUUGGUUGAAACCAUAUACAGAUACAAGGCAGACCUGGAGAUAAUAUUUAAUAUUAUUGACAAGGAUCAUUCAGGUCUUAUAUCAGUCGAGGAGUUCCGUCAGACCUGGAAGCUUUUCAGCUCUCACUUGCAUAUUAACAUAGAUGAUUCUGCUAUCGAUGACCUGGCUCACAGCAUUGAUACCAAUAAAGAUGGCAGCAUUGACUUUAAUGAGUUUCUAGAAGCCUUUCGUGUUGUUCAGAAGUUUGAUAGCAAAGCUAACAAAAGAAAACAUAAGGUUUAAUCUGAAGCAUUUGAAUUUCUUAAGGCCUAAAGUGAAAACUAUGCAAAAUAUUGAUUCUUGGAAUGGCAAGUGACCUGGCCAUAACUGGCUUCUAAUAGGUAAUUUGGUUCAGAGAGCAACAACAAGCCAAUUGUCUGCAACUCUGCAGCAAAAGCUUGGAAGGGGUAAUUUGUUGCUUUUCAUUGAGGAUUCAUUAAAGGUUUAAUGAGUGUUGGUCUGAAACUGAACUUAAUUUUUGUGCCAUUAUGGGUCAUUUAUAUUUACUGCAUUUAAUAUGCACAAAUAAACAUGCCUUUGGCAUCUGAUUAGAGGGUGUGAACCUGUGAGAAAAAUGGAUUCCAGAUCAGAAGGUGCUGGAAUAUUUAUAAACGUGUUCUGUUUUGUUCAACUGUUUUUCGGACAAUUGUGAAACUAUAUAACGUGCUUAAAUAUACACUUAAUAUGCAACUUAAGUGCAGGGGCACAUUUAUAGCUUGCACUGCCCUAGGCCAUUAUAAUAGGCAAUGCCCCUGGCUUAUGUAAUGUUUGAUUCUGCCUUAACAUGUUUCCUACCCAUUUCAAUAACCAAGCUGUUUUCCGUUCCAUGCCAGAUUUGAAACAUGAACCCAGAUAUAUUUCUGUUGGCACUUUUAAACCUACUGUUUGAAUAUUUAUGGGUUUAGAAUUGAAUAUAUGUCGUGCAGGGAUAAGCUUGCUGAAUAAAAUAAUGUUACAUGAAUGUGUGGGAGAUACAUUGUUCAUAGGUUAUUGUCAAGAAAUCAUUUUUUCAAGUGCAAUAUUGUAAAUGGGAUUACACUCAAAGUUACUCUGGAGGACUCAAGGAGCAAGAGCUGGAGAUGACAGAUUGCAUCUGCAUGGCAUGAGACAUUUCAGAAACUAUUCCUGGCUUUAAAGUCUCAGGCACAAUUGCAUGUGUGAAUUCUUUUUAUAUUGUGAAAUUCUGGCCAUUCACAAACUGCAACUGACAUAAUUGAUAUGCAAAGGGACUUUAUGCACUUUACACCUGAAAUCUGCACCACGUACAUGAAAAUAAACCAACCUUGCCUAAACACCGUAUUUUGUUUUAGAAGGUUGGUGGAUGUUUGACGAGAGAUGGAAUCUUAUUUCUAUAACCAAUGCUGUUUUUGAGCUGGGCACAGCCUACAUUUUUUCAGAACAAGAAGAUAUAUCAAGAGAAAAAUGUGGUCUAAUCUUGUUUAUAUGCAGAGCCAGGUCAGUUUUACAUGCCACAUGCUGGCCUCUGCAGAAUUUAUCAAUGACAUUAUCUACUGCUUUCGUUGGUUGGGCCCAGGCUUACUAAACAUAUCACAUAUAUCUAUUUUGGUGACAAGUUUCCCUUUUCUUUCACUGGUGUUGGUGUGUAUGGCACCCAAGAAAUUUCCAGAGUUUUCCAAUAUUAUAAUCUUUGCUAAAAGUUUCAAAUGGGCCAUCAAGGUUUGCCCCUUCCUGAAACUUAUGAAUCAGAUAUGUAUUGUGUUUUUGUUGCAGAACAGCCCUUUGGGUUAUAUUAGGACUUUAUGAGGCUUUAACCUGCUUGGAUACUCAUCAAUGAAAAUUGAAUGUUUACUUAUUGUCUACAUUGUUUUGGCAUAAUGGCAAAUAAACUGUGGGAUUCUCAUGGAAAAAUAAGCAUGGCACCAAAGAGGGUAUAUAAUGUGCUGAAUGCAUAUUGUAUUUUGCACAGUCUGUGAUAGCUUAUAUGGAUGCCCUUGCAAACUUCUUGUGGAGUUAGGGGACUAUCAGAUGCUAUCACUGAGAGAUGCACUUAAAGUUUAUUUUAAUUCAGCCUUACCAGAAAGAAUAAUUUGGCUAUAUCUGCUUGUCUAUUUAUUAAUAAACAUUAAUAUAAUAUUAAUUUCUAUAUUUGUAUUGCUCUGUUUGCAGCUAUUUUACCAUUUACUAACUUUCAACCAUUUAUAUUCUUCUGAGCAAUAAACUUCACUGCAACAA